AAAACUGUUCUAAACCUUUGGUUUCGGAAGUCGUGAAUUUGUCUCAAAGUGAUCUCUGUUUAUCCCUCAUGCUGUGAUACUUGGGCAAUAUUUUAGUUCUACAAUGGACAUCGACGUUAGUAAAGAGAAUAUUCAGCCUCUGAGAGGUGGUAGGAACCUCACGCAGCUAGGCACUGCUUUGCAAGCUCAGUCGGACUUGGACGCUCAACGACAGCUUCAUUUGCAAAAAGAAGAACAUGAAGCAGCUAUCAGGCACUACCAGGGCCCAGAUCCACUGGAUCCUUGGUUCACUUACAUCCAGUGGGUAGAGCAGUGCUUUCCCAAGCAUGGCCAUGAGGGUCACAUUGACAAGCUCAUUAAGGACUGCUUGCAGCUGUUUGAGAAGGAUGAAAGAUAUUUUCAGGAUAGGCGGUUUGUGAAAUUGUGGAUUAAAUAUAUUGACUGUCUAUCCAAUCCACUGGAGAUAUACCAGAGGUUGUACAAUUGUGGUAUUGGAAUUGAAUGCUCAGAGUUUUAUCGAGCAUGGGCGUGUUACUGUGAGGAGUCUGGGGAUUAUAAGAAGGCAAAUCAAGUAUAUGUACUGGGAUUGCAGGCUAAAGCUCAGCCUUUGGAUGAAUUGGAGCAGGCUCAUAUGAAUUUCCAGCUGUUUUUUGCUCAAAGAAUGUUACAUGAUGACUCACCAACAAAGAGAAAGGCAGCAUCUGCACUGGCUGAAACAAGAUUGGCUUUAACAUCCCUUAAGUCUUUCAAACGACGUAAUAUAGCUGUAGUGCCAGUGCAAAGAGUUGGUGAGAACAUCAGGAGUGUUCUGCCUGGAGUAGUAAGACAGCAGCAUCAAGGUUUUGAAAAUAGAAUGCCUAAUUCUAAUGUCAUGAUAAACGUGUAUGAGGACGCCCCGUCUACAUCUCGAACUGUGAUCCCUGUCGCAGAAGACCCAGGUCCUGCAUCCAUAGUGCAAGCUUGUAGCAAUGUUGAGAAUGAAAAAGAAGUUGGUAUUUGGACAAAUCCCAAGACAAAAAUGGUCCAUAGCAAUGUAGUGCCCCAUCAGCCAUUGCCUUUUACACUUUAUCAAGACGAAGAAGACGUGUUACGAUUGUCGGCGAAGCACAUGCCUCACUGCGUGGACGAUUUGACAUUUAAUGUGCCUCUAUGUGUACCUGAUCCUCCCGACCCAACUAAGAUUCCUUGUUAUAAUAAGUCACAGGUUUAUGUUAAUGAUAAGGAAUACAGUUUAGAAGAAAUAAGGUCAAGAAAAUAUAAUUUGCAAAGAACUGCUAAGACUGAAAAACAGGAAACUGUCCAAGCCCAAGAAAAUUUUAGUAAUUUCAAUGAAACUAUGGCCCAGUGUAGUGCACUGGAAACAUUAGCUAAUUGUGCAUUAGACGCUGAGCAGGAUCAUUUAGGACAACUUAUGCCUUUAGCUAUACCUGCUUUACAAAAUAUUACUAAACUAACAAAUAUGCAUUCGCCCGGUGAGCCAAAGGUGCUAGUAAAUCUUGAUUCCAAGGAGGUUAGUGAACAUUCUGCAAAGAAAAACGACGAUAGUCAAAAACUUGGCAUGCCUGAUAAAGAGAACCAGGUUGGUGCCAGCAACAAUAAUUAUGGGUCUGAUAAUGGUGCAACGAAUUAUGGUAAAAGUAAUUAUGUGGAAGAUUUCAAUAGAAGUUUGAUGAGCAACUUAUUGGGUGAUUCUGUCACUGUUAACACAAAGGAAGCUAGAUGGGAGUUGAGGAACAUUUUCAAUGAUAAUGAACCCACAAUGGUUCAAGAACCGACAAUGGUACAACCAGUUGUACAACAAUUUGAUGCGCCACAAUUUGAAAUUCACGAAGACCGCUCAAUGACUGUAGCUAUCAACACCAAGAAGAAAGCUGAAAUUCCUGAUGCUACUAAUCUAGCACUGGUUGUACCAGAAGACAAAGAAAAUGCAAAUCAGUUUAUAGUUCCUGUUGCUGCCGCACCACAGGUAAAUAAAACUGCCUAUUACGAAGAACCUUCCUGCACCCAAGUAUUCAACUUCAAUAUUAAUGGUGCUAGCACACCAAACAUGUCUCAGUUCAAGAAACCCACAAGCUACAUUGAUCAGUCGAAAUAUCCAUCUGUGCCAAAAUUUUGCAUCGACGAAAGUAUUAUAGAGCAAGUAGAUCCCAGUGUCGCAAAGAGAGAAGAAAGUUCCCGCCAGCACGUGACAGAUCAACAUGCUACUGUUGAUAACCAAGGUGGUGGACUUUCUGUUAUCAUGGAAGCGACGCGGGAAUACAAUAGUAAAUCUGGGUCUACCAGUUCAUCAGGUCAAUCAACGAGAACUAAUGUCACUGGUUAUACAACAAAUUUUGACUCCAUGUAUAACCAUGAUCCUUCACAGCAACCGACUACCUCAAAAAGAACUUCCAUUUCUUCCCAACCUAGAUUAGCUAAUGGACAGUUUGCGAGGGCAUUCCCUCAAAAGCGUGAACUUUCGGAACAAAAGCCGGUUCAACCCUCACCCGUGCCUUACCUUCAUGAUCAUCAAUAUCAGAAACCUGUGUCCUCGAACUACAACGGAUAUUCGCCUCAGCAACCUAUGCAACCUCACUACCAACAAAAUUAUAACUACCAGCAAAGAUAUGGGACUAACCAGAUUGUGAGUCAGCAACAACCAGGUUAUGCGAGUCCUAAUCCAAAUGCAUACCACAGUCCCCAACAUGUUGGUAUGCAAAGUCCUCAUCACGCCGGGAUGCAGAGUCCACACCACGCGGGGAUGCAGAGUCCACACCACGCGGGGAUGCAGAGUCCACACCACGCGGGGAUGCAGAGUCCACACCACGCUGGAAUGCAGAGUCCUCAUCAUUCUGUGCCAGCAGGUUUUCAAAGCCCAACCUAUUCGAACCAAAUAGGUUAUCAUAGUCCCGGUCACGCCAUGAUGAGUCCUCAGCACGCAUAUGGGCGGCAAGAUUACAACUAUCCGAAUCAAACUGAAAGGCAACACAUAUACGCCAAUCAACAGCAGCAACAACAAGCGCAAGUGCAGCAACAACAAGCGCAAGUGCAGCAACAACAAGCGCAAGUGCAACAACAACAAGCGCAAGUGCAGCAACAACAAGCACAGGUUUUCCAAAGUCCCCCACAUCAAUCUCAGUAUUCAAACGCUCAAUAUUAUCAGAGGCCUAGUCAAGUUGUCGCCUCCCCCAAUCAGGGCUACAACCCACAACAAAACUACCACAAUGUGCAUAAUCAGUUUAACAAUGCUAACAUGUACACAAACACUAGCCAUAGUCAUUCUGGGAACCAAAGCUACAACGUCAUGCAAAAUUCAUAUCAGCAAAGACAACAGCCUAAACAAGUUGAAAAUGGUUAUAGUAUGCUAAAUGCGAAUAAUCAAUCGUUUCAAAUUUACCAAAGCCCGCAGCCAGCACAAAACAAUUACCGAAAUGUACCAGCUCAUGGUGUUGGUAUGACACCAGAACAACCUCAAAUAGAACAGCAUAUGAGACAAGUGAUUCACAUGGACACAUCUAUGAAAGCACAUGAAGCUCACAUUGACCAAGCCGGGAAUAAAAUUAGUCCUCAAAAUAAAAACCUCCUUCCGCAUAAAAAUCCUACUGCGGCACUUAGAAAUGUUAGGCAUGAUCAGCCCAAUUCUAAACAAGGGCAAAACUCUUCUGACAUUGGGUUUUCCAAUCAGUUCCUUAAUUUCAUAUCCAACAGGAACGAACCUAAAGACAACGCUAAUACUCCUAAAUUCACCAACAGUCCUAGCAUAUCCCAAAAAAUGCAUAAAAACCUGUACGUCUCCAGUCCUGAGCAAGCUCAAAUACCUCCUUCUUCUGGGAUGUCUGACUCUGACAGCAAAGAUGGAAUGACAGCCCAGACCGUAACUUCAAUUCAAUCAGCAAAAACUUCUCAAAUUGUCGAUAAACAGAAAGAGAUUUCUAAGAGGCAGUUAGAUUUUGAGCAUAGGGUAGAAUUUCAAUCUGAAGAUAGUAGGGAUUCAGUUAGCAAAGAGAGUAGAAUCUCAUCAGUGUACUCAAGACAAUCCGACAUGCAGUCUGACGGGUAUGGUAUGGAUGUCGACAGUGAGAACUCCAUGGAGUGCGGAGCUUUUAAAUCUACUCACUCCAUUUCCCUAGUGGAAACGAGUGAUAUUCCUAGACCGGCGGAUAUUGAUUUUCCGGAUGUGAUUGAUCCUUUCAAUAAAAAAAUGCUGGCUUCCUUGCUAGAAUAUAUUAAGUUUCCUAAUAAAACUCAUGCUGAUGGCUACGUUGAGAUUCGGUCCGUCCCAAAACUUCAAGUCGGAACUGUUUUCGGCGUGGGUGGACACAAGUAUUCUAUAGAAAAACAGCUUGGGAAAGGGAAUUACGGCGCUGUAUUCUUGUGUAUGGAUCUGCAUACUAACAAGUCUGUUGCUGUGAAAUACCAGAAGCCCAGUCGACCUUGGGAGUUCUACAUUUGCCAAGAGAUUAAGGCGAGGAUAAAGGAUCCUUUUAUGCUUCCAGGUUACAUGGACAUUACCACAGCAUUCUUAGGCGACAACGCAAGUUUGUUUGUAUCGGAGUACUCCAAGUAUGGCUCGCUAUUGGAUGUAGCUAAUAAAGUGAAAGUGGCGACUACAAAAUGCAUUAACGAGUUUAUUGUAAUCUUGUUAACAUCAGAGAUGCUGUCUAUAGUCCAUUAUUUGCACAAAGCGCAGAUAAUUCAUGCUGAUAUCAAACCUGACAAUUUCUUGUUGAUGCAAAUACCUGCACAAGAGUGGAGAACUCCAUCCCUGCAGCUCAUCGAUUUGGGUUGUGCUAUAGAUAUGUCUCUUUUCCCUGAAAAGACUACUUUUAGAGAACUAAUAGCAACAGAAGGCUUCACAUGCACAGAGAUGCGGGAAGGUAAACCCUGGACGUACCAGACAGACUUGUACUGCCUGGCCGGCACCAUCCACGUCAUACUAAUGGGCAGCUACAUGAAGGUCGCUCAUCGAUUAGGACAAUGGAAUAUUGACAAGAAAUUACCGAGGUAUAUGAAGGUGAGUCUAUGGGACAAAAUAUUUACAACACUGUUGAACGUGCCAGACUGUAACAAUCUUCCUGAUUUGAUGGAUCUCAAGAGCGAAGUGGACAGCGUUCUUAACGAAAUCGACAACCUCGCAUCACAACUUCGUAACUUUGCUAAUGUGCUUAAAUCUAGGUAAAUGACUACCUAUACUACUUACUGGCCCUAAUUCAGCGGCGUAACAUAAUAUUCUAGUUGUGUGCAACAUAAAUAUUGCUAGGUACGUAUUGAAUGAGAUCGGGCUUAGUAAUGACCCUUGCUGGGAGGCCUAUGCCACAACUUUAAUUAAUUGGUAAUAUAGGUGUUACUAAAAAGUCUAAUGAAGGUGUCGGUUUGAACAACUUCAAUCAGAAGCAAAAAUCUAUGUAUAAAAAUAUAUAAGAAAAUUUGGGACUCUUUUAUAACACCUGAAUUUGUUAGCAAAUAUCAUGUGAAGAGAAUUGUACUUUAUUAAAGCCCAUUUUCUCUAUCAACGAUUUCGCCAAAAAUAUUAUCGAAUGUCGAUAAUUGAUGAUAACUAAAUCUGAGCUCUCCUUUUGCACAUGGUUUCUUUUAUCUUUGUUUGUUUUGUAUUCAUUUCUAGGGUUGUAAUAACGUAUAUUGUAUUGAGAAUCCUAUUUAUUAUUGAAAUAUACACUGAUGAGCACUGUAAGCUUGAUAGUGGAAACAGUCUCUUAUUUUACUCCCUGUCUGGGUGUUCUGCCUGUACAAUGACGGUUACACCACUGACCAGAUGUAUUUAUUGCAUUUAGAAACAGCGAUUGUAAAAAUAGAUACAUAAUGUGUUAUUGAAUAACUGAAUAGAAAUACAAAUUUUAAUUAUAAACGAGUUUGAUGAAUUUCAAAUGUUGAAUAUCCUAUUGCAAGGUUGCUUAUAUCUUAAUUAUAAAAGCCAUAAGUAUUAUAAUAUUUGAUAUUGCGACUUAAGUAACAUACAUUGUUGUGUUUAGUUAAAAUGUGAUAUUGUGAUUUUAGUUUUCUAGAAAAUGAACUUCGCUUAGAUAUUAACUUGUUAGCGUAUUAAUUAAUUAAUGUUGAAUCAUUCAAUUCUUUGGUUUCAUUUAUUUUUGUACAACAUAAUAAGACUUGC